AUGUCAGAAGUGCAAGAAGAUGUUGAUGCUCUCAUAAAAUUGUUUUGUGACAAUGAUGUUGCCCAUACUGGUAUCGCCAUGGGAACACCGGGCGAUAAGGCCAGCGUCGGUGAGGUAGUGAAGACAGCGCCGCCGGCCCCGGGGCAGCGCGACCGCCCCCAGCCGCCCGCCCCGGACCGCCGCCCGCCGCCCUUGCCGCCCGAUCCGCCUCCGGGCGGCCCGAACGCCGGCAUGGGCGUGGUCGACAGGCCGCCGACACAGGUCCAUCAGGCUUUCGCCGUGGGAACAGGGUUGUCGCACAUAGAUGACUACUACUCGCAAACCAAAUACUACGACUAUCAGCACCCCGCCUACGCCAACCCGUCCAAACAGAAGACGACAUUCCCCUCGACCGUUCCAGAUCCGGGGCAGGGGCCCUCCGGCCUGCAAACGCCCAAAACGAAAACGACCGUCGCGACGACGAAACCGAAGAGGCCGAAAAAGCCCGCCGAAGAGCCCGUCGCGACGCCGACGCUUGUCGGCAAGGAGCACAAGUGCCGCGACUGCCACAAGGGGUACGCCACCCCGGAAAAGUUGGCCAAACAUCAGCAAACGCACACUGGAUCAUCGUCACCUUUCAAGUGCGACAACUGCAAGAAAUUGUUUACAUCGAAAUUCAAACUAGUUAGACACGCUCUCAUCCAUUCAGACCAGAAACCUUUUAGUUGUAUGGUGUGCGAUAGGACGUUCCACAGAAAAGAUCAUCUCAAGAACCACAUCAAGGUUCACAGUCCAUCCAAGGAGGUUCAUGUGUGCAAUUCUUGCAAGAAACAGUACACGUCAUUAUUAAGUUAUAGGAAACAUCAAGCUUUUCAUUCGGCCGAGGAAGGAAAUCUUAAGUGCCAAAUGUGCUCUGAAGAUUUCGAAACGAAAGAAGCCAUCUUGUACCACUUGAAGAUCCACGCUGGCAGCAGGACAGUGAAGAAUCCGAACGAGAAGAAAUUCACGUGUGAUCAGUGCGACCGCAAGUUUUUUACGAAAAAGGAUGUCAGGAGGCAUCUUGUAGUACAUACAGGUAAACGCGAUUUCCUAUGUCAAUACUGCCCCCAGCGCUUCGGUCGCAAGGACCAUCUAGUUAGACACAUAAAAAAAGCGCACCACAUCAGAUACAGGCCCGACGAGACCGCCACCGCUGCCACGAUAAAAACCGAGGCGGGCGCCGAGGCCGUCAAGACCGAGAUGUCGGAGAGCAGCCUGUCGAACGCCGCCACGGAGGAUUUCGCGGCCGACUUGGACUUCCCGCUGAAGAAUAUAUCCGAAGAGACUCUGACCACGUUGCUGGAAGUGGAGAAUUUGGGGUUGGGGCUGCCUGCGGCGUCGGACGAAGGGGAGCUGGAAGACUUGGGGAACACCAUCCUGGAGGAAAUAGAGGGCCCCACCGAGGCGACCAGGAUCAUGUUGAGCGACAACUUGGAUGCUAGUCAAGACGUGUUAGACGAGGUGGUGCUGAACGAUCCCGAGCUGCUGCAGCGGCUGCUGGAGGCGCCCGCCGACAAGAAUCUGCCCUUGCCGGGGUUCAGCCAGACGUUCCAGUCGCCCCCGCCAGGGGGUGGUCAGCCCCUGUGA